AUGCCGUGCAAAUUGUUAAUUUUAUUGGCUAUUCUAAGUGUCUCUCUGUAAUUUGAUGAGGACGUCGAUGUACAUGAAGAGAUAGAGAAGUUGAAAUAAAGUCAAUUCGGAUAAACAAUCUUGGACACAGUCUAGAUUUAAUUAUCUGGGCCUGAACCAUUACAGAAUUUGAUAAAUAUGCUAUAGAAUCUGAACACUCAAUUGGAAGGAGAACAAGACAGAGAUGACAGAUUACACGAGAGAUAUUAAUCAUUAUGUGAAAACGAUUUGAGCACCUUGGAAGAUAUCAUUAAUGAAUCAACAAGUACAUCAAAAUUGCUUAAGGGAUAGAUUGACUAAUUGGAACCAGAUAAACAAGCAAAAUUGACAGACUUAGCAAGAACAGAAAAUGAAUUAAAAGAACUCAAAAACGAAUUAGAAUAUUAAACUGAGAAAAGAAAAGAGGAACAAGUUAGAUAUGAAAAAACCUUAGAUAAUUUAGAACAAGGCUUGUAUGCUUUAAAUGAAGCCAAGAAAAUGUUUAACACAUUUCUUAAUGUUCUUAUUAAAAACUAAUAAAGAUUUGCCAGUCUCAUUUAAGUAGAAAAUCAAGAUAAGUUCUUAAAUAAGAAUUAUUCCCUUAAUGAUGAAGAUGACAUAACUUUGGUUGAAAUCGCUCAAUAGAUUAAUAAAAUCAAACAUAAUGUAAAAGCAGAAGGAAUCAACUUUCUUUUGCAUGGAAUCUCUCAUAUUGUGAAUCUAUUAUCCAAAGACCCAACAGCAGAAUAAGAAUCAAUGAGCAGAAAAGUCUUGGAAAUCAUUUCACAAGUGGACAAUUGGAUUCAAAAGCAAAGAAUUUAUGAAGAUUUAUGCGAACAACAACGUAAAGAUGCUUUCGGAGCUUUGGCCUAAAUGUUGGAAGAUCAAAUUAUAUUGAAAUAAGAGAAUUUAACCUUCCUUUAAGGAUCAAUUGAGUCUCUGAAUUCUUAAAUUACAAGUGCUAAAAAUGAAAAGGCAGAAGUAGACGUGAAAAUAGAAACUAAAACAUCUUAAAAUGAUGAUCGAGAUACUGAGUGCAGAAAUGAAGACUUGGAUUAUUAAAGUGGCAAGAAUAAGAGGGACAAAGAAAGAGAAGAAUUAGGACUUGUAUUGGAUUUGGUAAUCAAUAAAAUUGGAUAACUCAAGAAGGAAAUAUUAUAAAAAUGA